AUGGGCGACAAUGGCGACACAGAGCCAUCCAAGUCCGACGCAGCGCUGAAGCAUAGCACCAUCGCGAACCUCAAUGCUUCGGAAACACGUCCAUCUCAAUCAGAAACAUCCCCUUUCCUUUCCCUCGGGCGACAGAAUAUCUUCCUGUGGUUGAUCGGCUUUCGACUCCUGAAUACUCUGACCGUUCAGACCUUCUUCCAGCCGGACGAAUACUUCCAGGCCUUGGAGCCUGCAUGGCGUUUGGCCUUUGGGAAAGAUGCCGGGGCGUGGAUAACAUGGGAGUGGAACAGACAUCUACGGUCUGCCAUACACCCGGCCAUCUUUGGCUUCGGUUAUCGUGGCGCCCAGGCAAUUGCUGAGUUGUUCAAGCUCGAACCUCAUGCACGGGCAGAACUACUCCUCGCUUCGCCCAAGGCUCUACAAGGCUUCUUUGCCGCCCUGGGUGACUUGUACACCUGGAAGCUUGCAUCAUGUGUCUACGGAGCGAAUUCGACGGCGACGCUGGCGACUUUCUGUCUCACAGUCAUUAGUCCGUGGCAGUGGUUCUGCUCUACACGGACGUUCUCCAAUUCCAUGGAAACGACUCUGACCAUUGUCGCUCUAUACAACUGGCCAUGGCAUUGGCAGUUACCCCUGGACAAACCCGACAUUCGCAACAUACGUGUCCGGGACGAUGUCGACGGGACGGAUGAAGUGACCAGACUGAGACGUGCCUUGCUUUGUGCUGCCGUAGCCACGGUCCUACGCCCUACUAAUAUCCUGAUAUGGGCGAGUCUCACAAUGCUGACCUUUCUACGAGGAUGGAGAUCAAUUGGACCUACCUGGGUGGAAUGCCCACUGUUCAUGAGAGAGACCAUUCUCUGUGGAGGGCUGAUCCUUCUUCUCUCGGCGAUCGUCGAUCGCAUCUUCUACGAUACAUGGGCGUUUCCACCGUUGAAUUUCCUCCGUGUCAACGUCGUACAGUCGCUGGCAACAUUCUACGGCAAUAAUGAUUGGCAUUACUACAUCUCCCAAGGCUAUCCUCUCCUACUCACGACGGCGUUGCCAUUCACCCUGGUCGGGCUUUAUCGCAGCCUGAACUCGAAUAUUUCAACAAGCGAGGUCACCUCGGCGGGACACGCAGUGCUACGCUCACUCUCUAUCAUAUGUCUGCUUGUCCCGGCCUGUUUUUCUAUCAUCGCUCAUAAAGAGGUCCGCUUCAUCUACCCUCUACUACCCGCUCUACAUAUUGUGACGGGACUUCCGUUGUCUUUAUUCUUUGGCUCGCGAACCUCAGCUCAGCAGUCCAGACCAUCACGACGCCUGGCGAGGAGAGUGUUGCUGGUUCUACUUGUUGGUCUCAACGUGUCAAUAUCAUAUUAUACAACCCAAAUCCACAAUUCGGGCAUCAUCCAGCUGACGCACUAUCUACGGAAUGAGUUUGAGACCACGUAUCUUCCUGUGACUGCUACGACAUUUCGGGCGGGUGUGGGAUUGGGUGCUGAAGCUGGCAUUGAAUCGGAACCCGGUUCUAGUUCCGGCUCUGGUUCUAGACUCGGAAUGGGCUCUCCCACAAACAUGACCAUCGGCAUGCUCAUGCCAUGCCAUUCCACCCCGUGGCGCUCUCACCUGCAAUACCCACCAACAUCAUAUUCCCCAGGAAUCCACGCCUGGGCAUUGACAUGCGACCCGCCCCUGGACCUCCCCUUGACCGAGCGAGCAACCUAUCUCGACGAAGCCGACCAAUUCUACGCCGACCCAGGCGUAUGGCUGAAGAAGCACAUGUCACGAGACCCGCCCCGGUCAAAACAUCCACGUCUUCAAGCCCAUUCUAACGGUAUCUCCGCUAGCACCCAAAACCGACGUUCCAACCACGCUGUACUCUUCAACUCGGAAACCCCGUCUAUCGGCCUCGGCCGCUCCCAUAACCAACACCAACACCAAAACCACCGUGGAGAUCACGAGCAAGAAGACAUCUGGUGGACCACACGCCAAGGACGGCGUCCUUGGCCGGAAUACCUCGUCUUCUUCGCCCAGCUGGAACCGACACUCUCCAUUGCCCUGCGCGGCAGCGGGUACGGAGAGUGUCGCCGCUUCUUCAAUAGUCAUUGGCACGACGACUGGCGGAGGACGGGUGACGUUGUGGUCUGGUGUCUCGAUCCUCCUCCUCCUCCUCCUAACACCAAACAAAAUAUGGGAGACAGAACGGGCGUCGAACCUGGGAACAGAGCUAGUAGUAAGGUCUUGGUGGAUCAAGAUGCCUUUCAGGACGCCAUUCGUGACCCACAUGCACAGCGGGGUGUGAGUCAGGAUGAGGACAAUAUCAAGAAGCAGGAACUGAAAAGAACGGAGAAGAAGGCUCAAAAGAUGCAAGAAAAGCAAAACACACAAACGAAAAAGAGUAGCUCUGUGACUCGAGUCGUCGAGAAGCCAUUCUGGAAAGUCAGAGACGAGCCGGACCAGCAGCACUCGCAUGGAGACUGA